UGCGUUUGAGAUCCAGACCCAGAUUCAAAAAUGGAGUUUUUGGACGAGGACGCAAGGCCAAGGUUCCUCUUCCAAUCCAAAGCAGUGACGUCAUCGGCGACAGCGGCCGAGCCUCAUUACAAGAAUCUCAGCAAGCCCUUGAUCGCCUUCACUGUUUUACUCUCAUUGGUUUUGCUGGGUCUCUCUUUCUUCUUUCUUGGAUCGGAACCCUACCAAUCGCUUCUGAUUUGGGUCGCUCUGUCAAUCCUCGUCGGCCCAUUCGCUCCUCCUUCGGUCACCGGCGGUGACAUAAGGGUCGGUCAGGGCCCAAUCGUCGAGUUCCCCGAGGUUUCAGGGGAGGUGGAAGAUGAAUCGAAGAAGAGGGUAUCGCAGAAGAGGCAAAAGCCGCGGCGGUUUGAUGACUCCGGCGUGGAUUCGGCGCCGGUGGCCGGAAUGGGUAAUGGGUAUGUGAGGGAAGAGAGAAAGAGUGAGGCUUUGGGAGGCAAUGGCAAUGGAAUUAGGGCUUUGGAGGAAGAGAGGGAUUGGGUUGAGGAGGAUGUGGAGAUUUUGAAGAAGCAGCUGGUGAAGAACCCGGUGGGGAAACCGAGGCGGUGGGAGGUGAUUGCUGAAGCAUUUGGAGGGAGGCAUAAGGUGGAGAGCGUGAUCAAGAAGGCCAAGGAAUUGGGGGAGAAGAAGGUGAGUGAUUCGGAUUCGUAUGCCGAGUUUCUGAAGAAGAGGAAGCCCAAUGAGAAGAAAAUUGAGAGUGAGAGUCGGGAAAUGGGGGAGGAGAGCAAUGCUGAAGGCAAGAGUGGUGGGGUUAGUUGGGCUGCUACUGAAGACAUUGCAUUGCUUAAUGCAUUGAAGGCGUUUCCGAAGGAGGUGUCGAUGAGGUGGGAGAAGAUUGCAGCUGCUGUGCCAGGGAAGACAAAGGCGGCUUGUAUGAAGAGAGUGGCUGAGUUGAAGAAGGGUUUUCGGAGCGCCAAGGCUGCUACGGAAGAGUAAAAUUGGAGCAAUGGAAGAUUGUCCGAUCAAUUUUGAUUUGGAAUUGAGGAGGUACUUUGAUGAAUCAUUGAUUUCUUUAUUGUUUUUGUUGAAUUUGAGAUCAGGGUCUUUGUCUGAGUCGGUUAUAGACGGUUUCAUAGCGUAAAUCGAUGACAAAUGAUGAAAGAUGUAAUGCACUAGUUUAAAAUUUUUGGUCUUAUGUUCAAUAAUUUUACAAAUACAAACCAAGUUACAUGCUUUGACGCAAAAGCAUCUAUUUAUAGGGUGUUUCAUCCAAUAUCAUUUGUAUGAACUAAAUGGAAUGGCUUAAAUUCUAGAAAUAAAAAGAAGUGUGUGGAAUGGCUUCAGAACAA